GUCAGGACAGGUCAGAGGGUAGGCAGGAAGAAGAGAGUGCACAGCUAAAUAAAGACAGACAAGAUGAAGAGACCAAGUGAAGGAGGGUGCAGACGCGAGAGCAUAUCAACUCUGCUAAAGAGGAAAUAACUCUGAGGUAAGACAUCAGAGAGCAGAUGAAGCUUCAGAAAAGAAAGAGAUAGCUGCACGGACAAAUAUGAAUUUACCAGUAUUAAGAAAAACCUUGAGGGUUUGUCAACUUCUGCUGAGAGGCUUUUGUGGUAACUACUGAUUUCAAUUUCUGAUAUUUUCUGUACCUGCAAUUUUUUUAAUGAUGAACAACAUUGUGACCUUUUAAAAUUGUGUAGACUUUCAACUGCAAUUUUACUUUGAAUACUUUCAAUUUGAAUUCUUCUCAGAAUCCUUUUUUUUUUUUUUUUUUUUUUUUUUUGCUAAUGACUAACCUUUUCUAUCAAUGCUCUAAACUUUCCCAGCAAUUGAUUUCAUAACAGGAUACCAUGUCUCCGUUUCUCUGUGUGACCGUCCAUCUCUGCCUCUCCCAAUCCUUGUACCAGUGUCUGAUUUACAGAUGACGCUGGACGGGGUUUGGGGGGGGCCGAGGGAGGACAAAUGCUCCACAUCUUUCCUGUCAUCAAAGUCGACAGUAAAGUAAAGUACCGGUCUCCAAAUAACUCUUUUCUCAGUGGCUGUAAAAUAUGUUGUGUUUUGUCUGAAAAUAAACACUAUUUGGUGAAACACAUACCCAAGUGCUUUUGUUUUUCAGUUGUUUCAUUUUGUUUUAUUUCUCACUGCCAUUGGUUUGUUCUUUUGCUUUCAUUUUACUUUAGAGUGCAUUCAAUUCGUCAAAACAGAGAAAUUUGUCUUUAACACUAGUUGCUGAACUGUAAAUAAACAUGGGCUCCCCUAACAGAAGUAAACAUUAUAAAUUCGCAUAUAGGUUAUUCUUACAAAAAAAAAGUGUCAAAAUCGUCAAAAUGAGUUCUACCUAAAACUGUCGCGCUGAGAACACAUAUGAUUAAUUUCUAUAAAAGUUUGUUGCUGUAUCAUUUGAAUCUACUGCUAGAUUGGACCCUGUCCAUUGGGAAAAUGGCUUCGUCCUACGCCAAUCCUCAGUGACAUGCGCAGUGCGCACCGCUGAACUCGGUCAUUCCGUAGGACGGACUAAUUGACGCGGUGGUGGAACCGGUAGGGAAGGUAAAGCUCUGUCGGUAUCGACAGGCGAGUAUCUAUAACAUCGAUAUGAAUCACCGCUUUAGAUCUGAUUUGAUUCUCCGUGAGAACUGACCUACAUAUGAACUCUCCAGUACCAUCAGAAACAAGUGACUCCCAACUCGUCUGAAGUUGACACAGCUCGCUCGGCUGAGUCGCUCGCACUGCGGGCUAUCUGUUUUUGAUUUUAGUAACCGUGUUUUAAUAAUAUCGACUUUGUCGAUAAGUCUGGCUUUGUUCGAUUUUAACACGUCGCGACUCAGCUGAUUCCUUCGGACGUCGAGGUGACUUUACUUACCAGUUCUCUCUCUGUCUCAGCGAUGGCAGACGUGGCGGUCAGGCCUGCUUCCCCCUCACCCUCCAUCUCUCUCCUGGAGAUCAAAGCGGAGACAAGGUUUGUUCUGAAGUCUUUCCUGCGUCACUCUCUCGCGAUUCCUCCUGGGGAGCGCCCUGGAAGGAUAGGAGGAGAAUACAACGACCCAAACAAAUACAGUGCCUCGACAAAUAAUAAAAUGAAGAAAGAUGCAAAUGGUUGGGACUCCUUGGACGAGGAGAUCAGUGCCGCAGAGGAGAAGAAACAUGGAAUUAAAAAUUUAAUAAAAAGACGACUGAGAGCCCGUUCCUCUACAGUCGGUCGUGCUAAGAAAGAAGGAGGUUCCGACCUGACUCCAUACAACACCCUUGUGAAGCAGAGUCACCCGGGCCAACCUGACAAGCCAUCACCAAAUGGGACACACAGUUUACCCAGAAAAACAGAGGAAGAGUUAUUCGUACCAUCCUCUGCAUCUGAAGAGGAAGGUGACAGAAAAUCAGGGGAUAAAACUAAGAAAAAGAAGAAAAAACUAAAAAUAUCUGAUAUACUGAAAAAGGUGUCAUUCAAAAAAGAAGAGCCUCGUCCUCAGCGCCCAACCACUCUACCUCUUAAAGGAGCUACAGGUGUUUCUCAACCAGAUGAUCACCCUCUUUCACCAUCUCAUCCACCUGAGUUUUAUGAUGGUGUGGCAGAUUCUCUGGACAGAAUCGCACAGAAACACACUCUGAAAAAGAAAUCCCCUGUUAAACCAAAGCCUGUGCCAAGUACACACAAAGACGACAAAAACAAAGAGGCUGUGGUUCAACAACUAGUGCAGAUACUGGCUUCAGAGGGGGAUGCCAUAAACGAGAAGAUAAAUACCAACCCCUUCCUGCGGUCCACCCUCACACGCCUGUCCUACUCAUCCUUUGCUAAACUCCUUGACACGUAUGCCAGUCAGAGCGAAGAGCCCCCCGCUCCGGCUCCAGUCAGCCCUACGCUGAGGCGUCUGGCCGUCACCAUGGAUGUGUCUCGACGGGUGGUCACGGCCACUGGAGUUCAGCGUCUGACGGGGUAUGCCGAACGCUACAUGGAGAGCUUUGCACCGUGGGUGAGGAAUCACGGAGGAUGGGGGAGCAUUGCACAAUUGGAUGAGGGUCUGGAGUGUGAUUGACCUCAGUCGUUGAUCUCUGUUCAUUAUGAACUCUGGAUCAUGUAGCAUGACCUCUGUGAGGAAUGGUAGAACAAACAGCAGCCUGGGCCAACUGACACUACUUGAUUAUAUGGUCUUUAUGCUGAUGUAUUUAUUAUUUUUUUAUCAUUUGGAUGUUUUGAAUUUUUAUGUGACUUUUAUACCAAAAUACACAAUUUCAAUCAUCUA